GAAUGCCGACUUAAGUGCUAAAGCAAAAGUGUGCAUCAGCGUUCUGAGCGCUGUUCAUUCAGCAACGCCGGACUGAUUUUUGCCUUUCCUCGACUGGGCCGCUUGCUCGCUAUGGUUUAGACCUCAUACCAAAGACGCGUUGUUAGGUCGCUGGCGCCGCAGACGGGCGCUGCUCAGGGAGGCAGCUGCAGUGCCACGCGGUGAAUUCAAUAUGUCCCCAACAUCAGGGAAGCCCGCAAUUGGGAAUCCAGUAGCCAUGCAAGUACCAUCAAGAAAAUGGCUCGGCGUUCCCUGUUCGGUUGCGGCAGCGGUGCUGAUGUUUUUGAGUCUGGGUGCGACCGCUUUGCUCGCUAUGCUUUGGACGCGGAACCAAGGCACGCCAGUCGUCCUUUUAGUGCAGCCACUCAGCGGGACUAGCGCGUCUGGUUUAUACAAAACCUGCGCAAGUAGCGGGAGCGGCAUGGGCAAGCGGUACCUGGUGACUGGCGCAGCUGGCUUCAUUGGCUAUCACUCCGCUGCCAAGCUGCGCUCCCGCGGUGACGUUGUCGUGGGGCUGGAUAACUUCAAUGACUACUAUCCCGUCUCGCUCAAGCGCGCUCGCGCUCAGGCGCUGGUUGACAUGGGCGUGCCCGUAGUGGAGCUUGACCUCAACGACCAAGAGGGGCUGGGCGAGCUGUUCCGGCUGUGCUCCUUCACGCACGUGCUGCACCUGGCGGCGCAGGCUGGCGUGCGGUACGCCGCGCGCAACCCGUUCGCCUACAUCCAGAGCAACAUCGCCGCCAGCGUGUCGCUGAUGGAGACGAUGCGGUUGCAGAAGCCCAUGCCGCUGCUGGUGUACGCCUCCAGCAGCUCCGUGUACGGGCUGAGCAAGCGCUUCCCCUUCACCGAGGACGACCGCGCGGACCGGCCUGCAAGUCUGUACGCCGCCACCAAGCGCUCGCUGGAGCUGCUGGCGCACAGCUACUUCAACAUCUACCGCAUGAGCGUCACUGGCCUGCGCUUCUUCACGGUGUACGGGCCCUGGGGCCGGCCGGACAUGUCGGUCAUGGCUUUUUCGCGCAACAUUGUGGACGGCAAGCCCAUUCGCGUGUUCCAGGGUCCCAACGGCACUGAGCUAGCUCGUGACUUCACGUUUGUGGACGACAUUGUAGCGGGCGUGUGUGGCGCGCUGGACACCGCCGCGCCGUCCAACGACCCGCACGCCGCGCCACACAAUCGGAUUUACAACCUGGGCAACACGCAGGUGCACACGGUGACGGAGAUGGUGCGCACUCUGGAGGAGCUGCUGGGCAUCAAGGCCAUCAUCCGCUACCAGCCGCUGGGCGCCACAGGCGACGUGCUGCGCACCAACGCCAACAUCACCACUGCGCACAAUGAGCUGGGCUACACGCCACAAACCAACCUGCGCGCGGGGCUGCAGGCGUUUGUGGAGUGGUACUUCCAGUACUACGGCGCAGAUGGGAAGCGGCGGCCUGCGGAUGAGGUUGGCUACAUCCCGGAUUGAGCGGCUUGGGGUUAAGUGAGUUGCGGUUGGGGAAGUAGGGGUAGACAGGUAGAAGCAGUAGUGGUGCAGGCAAUGGUAGGCAGGUUGUAUGCAUACGGGGAGUGUGAGAGCAGGAAGCAGCAGCAGGAGGCAGACACGGUUUCCGGAGAUAGCAGGAAGUAGGUAGAGGCCCUUCAGCCGAGGGCAGGUUCCUGGACAGGUUGAUAGGCACGGGCAGUAGCAGCUUUAGUGACUGUGAUUGAGACGAGAUAAGAGGCAGGGCGUGGGGUGCUAAUGUGGAAGUGCGGAAGUAUGGGAAGGGGGCACUGCGCAAGCGGCUGGGCUGCGUGGCAUGGCUGGCAAGAUUCAGAGGAGUGUCAGUUUGUCAGGACAUUCUAUUUAUAUUUGCACACCGAAAAGGCACUGAUUCGCUUGCGUCCUUGUAGAUCCGGCAGUGUAUAUGACAAGCGGCGUCAAGCGUUAUGUAUGAGGUGCUGUGCAGAUUUAUGCGAGUCAAGGCACUCCCAAGCCUAGGCAGCCGAGUGUGCACGCACUACCUGCCGCACCCCAAUUUGUAAAAGUAAUUUCUA